CUGUUUUGCUGUAGGCCUGCUGGGUGCUGUCCAAAUGGGCAAGUUCAUGAAACCCGGGAAACUGGUGCUGGUCCUGGCUGGAUGCUACUCUGGUCACAAAGCCAUCAUCAUGAAGAACAUUGAUGAUGGCAUCUCAGAUCACCCCUACAGCCAUGCUUUGGUGGCUGGAAUUGAGCAUUAUCCUCCAAAAGUGACAGCUAACAUGGGCAAGAAGAAAAGCACCAAGAGAUCAAAGAUCAAAUCCUUUGUUAAGGUUUAUAACUACAACCACCUUAUGCCCACAAAAUAUUCUGUGGAUAUCCCCUUUGACAAAAUGGUGGUCAACAAGGAUGUCUUCAGAGACUUAGUUCUUAAAUGCAAGGCCAAGGUCAAGAUUGAGAAGAGAUACAAGACUGGCAAGAACAAGUGGUUCUUCCAGAAGCUUUGGCUUUAG